CACCGAGAAGCUCUUAACAAAGUUUUCUUUGAAAUCGAUUCGGGGUGUUAAUGAAUUGUUAGUGCAAUAAAUUGAAAAUUGAAAAAAUGAAGUUUAUUUUAUUAUUAGCUUUAAUAUUAUGUGUGGCUUGCAAUGCAAGUUUUGACUUUGGUUUUUCGUCGCUUCCAAAUUUUGGAGGUAUGCCCAGUUUUAAUUAUGGUAACUAUGGUAAUACAGGAUCUUUUGGAGUCGUUAAAAAAAUGAAAAAAUCCUCAUCGUCUUCAUCGUCGUCGUCGUCAUCAUCUAAAUCCGCAAAAAGUUUGGCCCAUAGUUUUGCAGCCGGUCAUGCUGGCAGCGGAAUUGAUUUUGUAAACGACGGUGACGAUUUGAUGCAAAUGGCAUCCGGAAGCAAAAGAUUAAGUUCAUCCCAUUCGUCCUCGAAAUCUGAAUCGUCAUCAUUCGGUGCUUCAGAAAUGAAGGCAUGUGGUGAAUCUAAACACGAAGGAUUAUUGGCAAGCCCAAGAAGUUUGGGUCUCUCAUUCGCUGCGGGGCAUGCGGAUGGAAAUGAUUUCAUGAGUGUCGGUGCAAUGAAAAUGGCUUCUGCAAGCAAGAGUUCAAGUUCAUCUCAUUCUUCGUCCUCAAAAUCUGAAUCAGCAUCAUUUGGUGUUUCAGAAAUGAUGCCUGGCGGUGAACAUGAAAUCAUUGGAUUAGAUUCUGGCCAUAUUGGUGAAAGUGAUUUGGUAAGUGGUGGUGCGAUCAAAAUGGCUUCUGGAAGCAAAAGUUUAAGUUCGUCUCAGUCGUCAUUCUCGAAAUCGGAAUCAAGCUCAUUUGAUGCUUCACAUAUGAUAGCUGGCGGCGAACACCAAUUGUUCGGAUUAAAUUCUGGUCAUAUUGGUGAAUGCGUUAAUGGUGCUAGUAAUGCGAUACAAAUGGCAUCAUCAAGCAAAAGUGCAUCUCAUUCAUCAUCUAGUAAAUCCGAAUCAUCUUCAUUCGACGCUUCACAUAUGAUGGCUGGCGGAGAACAUGCAAUUGUCGGAUUGAGUGGUGGUCAUGUUGGAGAAAGUGAAUUCGCAAAUGGUGCUAGCGGAGCGAUGCAAAUGGUAAGCAAAAGCGCAUCUCAAUCAUCAUCUAGUAAAUCCGAAUCAUCUUCAUUUGAUGCUUCACAUAUGAUGGCGGGCGGUGAACAUAUCGUCGGUUUAGGCGUUGGUAACAUUGGUGGAAGUAACUGUGUAAAUGGUGCUAGUGGUGCAAUGCAAAUGGCAUCUUCAAGCAAAAGUGCCUCCCAUUCGUCAUCUAGUAAAUCCGAGUCAUCUUCAUUUGAUGCUUCACAUAUCAUGGCUGGCAGAGAACAUGAAGUCAUCGGAUUGAAUUCUGGUCAUGUUGUUGGAAAUGAAUGCGUUAACGGUGGUGCAAUGCAAGCGGCCGCAGCAAGUAAAAGUUCAAGUUCGUCUCAAUCAUCGUCAUCCUCAAAAGCAGGAUCAUCUUCGUUGGAUGCGUCACAUGUGAUGGCUGGUGGACAUGAGGUCGUCGGAGGUGCAAAUAGUUUGGAACACUCUUGCAGCGCUGGUCAUGGAAUCAUUGGAUCAGGCGCUAGCGCAAAAGCCAGUGCAAGUAGCAGUGGAAGUGCAAAAGCAGCUGCAAUAGCCACUGCAAAAUGUACAACAUGUCGAAAUGGCAAAGGAGACUGCAAAUGUAGCGCAGGAGUGCAAGGAUCAUGUAGCGCCAUUUCUACAGCCAAAGCUGAAGCCAAAUGUGGAGCUUGUGGAGUUGCAAAAGGAGGAUGUAAAUGUGGUAUCGAUACGUCUGCAAAAGCACAUGCGGCUGCAACUGCGACUGCUACGGCCAGUGGAAGUGGACAUGCAGCGGCUAAUGCCGCUUCCUUGGCACAAUCUCAAUCGCAAUGUGGUGCUUGCGCAGCUGGUUCCAAAACAUACGCCGCUGCCUCUGCCGCUGCCACAGCCAAAGCUGAGUCAAAAUGUGGAAAUUGUGGAGUUGGAAAAGGAUACUGCAAAUGUGGCGCUGGUGCUAAAACCUUCACUUCCACCACUGCUAAGGCACAAUCUGCUGCUUCCGCACUCACCACGGCCUCUGGACUCUCGUCUGGACAUGGUGGUGGUGCCACUGCUAAUGCUGCUGCUGUGGCCAAAGCUGAAGCCAAAUGUGGAGCUUGUGGAGUCGGGAAAGGAGACUGCAAAUGUGGUGGAAGUUCAGGUCAAUCGAUGGCCACUGCUAAAUCCAAGGCUGAAGCUAAAUGUGGCACUUGUGGUAUUGAAAAAGGGAAUUGUAAAUGUGGUGUUGGCGCUAACAGCUUCAUCUCCACCGCCGCCAAAGCGCAAGCGGCAGCUACUGCUUCUGCUGGGGCCAGAGGAAGUGGACAAGCAGGAGUUAACGUCGCUUCAUCUGCUCAAUCACAGUCACAAAGUAGUACAUCUGGAAUUUCUUCAGCACAUAGUGUUGGUAUAGCCAGUGCUGCUGCUGCAGCCAAAGCCGAAGCCACAUGUGGAGCUUGUGGGGUUCAAAAAGGAGGAUGUAAAUGUGGUGCUGAUACCUCUGCAAAAGCACAUGCAGCUGCAACUUCGAUGGCUACAACGAUUGUAAAUGGACAUGCAGGAGCCAAUGCCGCUUCCCAAUCCCAAUCGCAAAGUGGUGCUUGCGCAGCUGAUUCCAAAACAUACGCCGCUGCCACAGCCAAAGCUGAAUCCAAAUGUGGAAUUUGUGGAAUUGGAAAAGGAGACUGCAAAUGUGGCGCUGGUGCUAACAGUUUUGCUUCCACAUCUGCCAGAGCACAAGCUGCCGCUAGUGCAUUUGCCUCAGCCAAAGCAAGUGGAAAAGCCGUGGCUCAAGCCACCUCUUCUGCUCAAUCACAAAGUGGUGGUUGUGCUGCUGGUUCGAAAACAUAUGCCGAGGCCCUUACGACUGGUCUUUCUUCCGCACAUAGUGGAGCAACAGCAAAAGCUGAAGCCACAUCGUGCGCCAAGUCAAAGGGGAAUAGCAACGCAGCCGCCUUUGCAACAGCAAAAUCAACUGCUUCAUCAGGAUCCAUAGGAUUUGGUGCAGCUAGUUCCAAGGCAUCAUCUAGUUCAACUGCAAACAGCUGUGGAAAUGGAAAAUCAAGUGCGUAUGCUGUGUCAACAGCCAAAUCGUCGGGAGGUGGUUCAAGUGCCAGUUCAUCUUCAUCUGCAAGCUCAUCAUCGGGCGGAGGUGCGAGCUCUUUCGCUAGUUCAUUCGCUUCAUCAAGUUGCAGAAGACGCCGCUCUGUUAGAUUUGCAUAAUUACAAUAAUGUAAAGUUGGACACACUGAAAUACGGCACCGAUAAUUCCAUUGAUUACUAUUUGUAAUACUAAAUAAAUCUUGUUAUAUCAAAUUAAAUCUAAUUCUUGCAUCUGAAAAUCCCCCAAAAA